AAAGACAAGUGCGAGCAAUAUUGGCCAGACCUUGGGACAAGUAAAGUCUACGGCAAGGUCCAUGUUUCAUCCCAGAGCGAAGAUGAAUAUGCCGAGUUUACGAGGAGAGAAUACACAAUUUCAAAGGGAAGUGAAACCAGACAGCUUCAUCAUUUUCACUUUACCCGCUGGCCAGACAAUGGUGUGCCGGAUGAUGUCAUAGGAAUCAUUGAGUUCAGACAAAGAGUUCUGAACAUACCUGGCCAAUUUGAUGGUCCUGUUCUUGUUCACUGCAGUGCUGGUGUUGGUAGAACAGGAACAUACAUUGCUCUAGAUAUUUUGACAAAGGAGGGAGAGGGUGAGGGGUCAAUACACAUCCCUGGGUGUGUGAUUAACAUGAGACACGAUAGGGCCAACAUGAUACAGACCACGAGCCAGUACGAGUUCUUACAUAGAGCACUUGUCUGCUCGCUGAGUGAUAUCAGCAAACCAAUCAGAGGCACACAUUUUCGCCAGUACAUUAAUCAGAUGGGGAGAGAAGGAUUCAAUCGACAGUUUCAGGAGAUGCAAACAAUUUUAGAAAAGCCGCCAGGUUAUGAAAUGCAGACCACGGCGAGGAAUAACAGAAUAAAAGGUAGGAACAGACCAUUGACAGACAUACCAUUCUGAAUAUAUAAGGUAUUUGUGUUUUUGUAGGGAACACCUAAUCACUUUCUAGACAUUAAAAGGCAUUUAAUUAUCAUUUGCGAACAUAGAUAUAUACAUGUAUGUUGUUUUAAUAUUGAAAAUAUUCUUCAACAGUUUUAAAGUUCUUAUAUGUUUCAACUACUACACACAUUUGUGUUUAUACAUUUCUUUCAUGCCUUUUUGUUAAAGCCAGAUCUUUAAAUCUUAGAGUAAAUCAACUUUAGCUCUUGCAUGAUUUUCAAUAUUGUUUCUACCGAGUUUAUUGUUCUGAAGAAUAAAGGUUAUUGCGUUUGAAAUCUGAGAUUUCGUCUGCCAUUUCAUUUAAAUUUUGUAAAGAUCGAUCAAAACUGACAUGGUAUUUGAUACCUUAAAAACAACAACUGCCUUUUUAAUAUAAUUAUAUUGCAGGAGAUCGCAACAGACCUUACAGGUUCCUUAAUAGCCCACCUGGAGCUUCUGAAUGUAUAAAUGCAGUUUACAUCGACAGCUUGAAAGCAAGGACUAGCUUUUUGGUUGUUCAAAGUCCCAUGAAAGAGAAUGUGAUCGACUUUCUGACACUGCUGUCCCAGGAAAAGUGUACUUGUGUCGUAAGCUUUGAACCUUACACAGACAAACAAAAGAAACAAAAUGUCGGAUUGUAUUUUCCUGCUGGAGACCACAAUUUGAAACAGGGCAUGUUUCAAGUCAGGUGUGCAAAACAAGAAAACCACGGCUAUUUCACAAAAAGACUCCUAACGAUCAAACACAAUGAACACAAUGAGCAAAGUUCUGAAAGGGAAGUCACUCACUUUGAAUUCAAUGCAUGGGAUUAUACCAGUGACGUCCCGAAGUCGAGUAAGGAUUUCCUUGAUUUCAUCAAAAGCGUUGAUGCCAACUUAAGAGAAACGUCUAACCGAGGCCCGCUUCUUGUUCACUGUUUGGACGGGACUGGAAAAAGCGCCUUGUUCUGUGUUGUUUCAAUUUUGGUUGAAAAGAUGAAAAUAGAUCAAGAAGUCAGCAUUGUUAAUACCAUAAGGAAAAUCAGGUCCAUGCGUACAUCAGCAAUCCCAAACAUGGCACAGUUUGAAUUCUGCCACGAAUGCGUGUUGUCCUACAUAAAGUCAUUUGAUUACAGUCAAUAUUCAAAUUUCACUGGUAGUGUUACUAGUGCACCUACUGCUUAGACGGAUUGUUGGUCAUGCUAGAUCAACAACAGCUAAACAGAGAAUGUAUUCUUAUGAAUACCAAAAUAUGAUAUUUUCACGAUAUGUUCAAUGUUUCGGAAAUUUAGAAAAGGCUGAUCCUUUCAGUGUUCUUAAGAAUAAGAUUCAUUUAUACAAAAAGUUUGCCAUUACUUGUACAAAACUGUUGUUUUGCCUAAACGUAGUUAAAAAAUGAAUAUACCUUCAUAUGACAUACUUUAAUAAAGGUAAAAGUCUUGUUAGACGAAAAAAUAAACGUAACUUAAUUUUUCA